AUGCGUGUCGAUUCAAAGAUAAUUGUGACGAAAGAAAAACAAGACGAAAAUCUAUAUCAAAGUUUAGCCGAGAGAUCGAAGCAUGAAGAUUUUUUAAGAAAAGCGGUUGAUUUGCUAGUAGAGAGGGUGGUUUUUGGGAGGUCAACGAGGAGUUCUAAGGUUGUGGAGUGGGCUGCUCCAGAGGAAAUCAAGAAGGCGAUUGACCUUAAACCUCGAUCGGGACCUGCGAGUCAUGAUGAGUUGCUAGCAUUCAUGACUAACGUGGCACGUUAUUCUGUGAACACAGGUCACCCCCAUUUCGUGAAUCAACUCUUCUCAUCUGUUGACCCGUACGGUCUGGUUGGACAGUGGUUGACCGAUGCGUUGAACCCAAGUGUUUACACCUUUGAGGUUGCACCAGUUUUUACUUUGAUGGAAGAGGAAGUUUUACGUGAGAUGCGUAAAAUAGUCGGAUGGCCGGAAGGGGAGGGCGAUGGUAUCUUUUGUCCGGGAGGCUCUAUAGCCAAUGGAUACGCGAUCAGCUGCGCUCGUCACCACUUUUAUCCGGAAGUUAAGUAUAAAGGUGUACAUGCAGUUCCGAAGUUAGUGUUAUUUACAUCCGAGCUUGCUCAUUAUUCUACAAAGAAAAUGGCUGCUUUUAUGGGAAUCGGUAGCGACAACUGCAUCACUGUGAAGACGGACAAUGUUGGAAAAAUUAAUACAGUUGAUUUAGAAAUGAAAAUUAAGGAAGCUAUUGAUAAUAAAUGCACUCCAUUUAUGGUCACCGCUACUUCGGGAACUACGGUUUUCGGUGCUUUUGAUCCUUUAGUACCUAUAUCCGAUUUGUGCAAGAAAUACAAUCUUUGGCUCCAUGUUGAUGCAGCUUGGGGUGGAGGAGCACUCAUGUCCAAGAAACAUAGACAUCUCUUAAACGGAAUUGAACUAGCCGAUUCUGUUACAUGGAAUCCACAUAAACUUCUGGCAGCUCCACAACAAUGCUCUACUUUUUUAACCAGGCACAAAAAGGUGCUCAGCGAAGGGCACUCCUCGAACGCCCAGUAUCUUUUCCAAAAAGAUAAAUUCUACGAUACGUCAUACGAUACCGGUGAUAAACAUAUUCAAUGUGGUAGGCGAGCAGACGUCUUGAAGUUUUGGUUCAUGUGGAAGGCAAAAGGGACAGAGGGUUUCGAAAAACACAUAGACAAGCUAUUUGAUAAUGCAAAAUAUUUUCUUGAUCACAUCAAACAAAGAGAAGGCUUCCAGCUUGUUAUAGCAGAACCGCAAUGCACCAACAUUAUGUUCUGGUACGUUCCUAAAUGUCUGCGCGGAUGCGAGAAUGAUGCUGAUUAUUACGAAAGAUUACAUAAGGUGGCGCCUAAAAUAAAAGAACGGAUGAUAAAAGAGGGAAGUAUGAUGGUCACGUAUCAGCCACAAGGUGAUCUCGUGAACUUUUUCCGUAUCGUUUUUCAAAACUCUGCUCUUGACCACAAGGAUAUGGUUUACUUUGCUAAUGAAUUUGAAAGGCUCGGAUCGGACAUGAUUGUCUAA